AUGCCGCAGAAGCUGCGCCAGCGGGAUGGCACGCGCACCAGCUCCCUGCGGGCCAGGCUGCGCGCAGAGCAGAAGAGCAGUAGCAGCAGCAGCCGCAAGGUGGCGAUCAUUGUGACGGAGCGCAGCUGGGGCGAUGGCGCCGUCAUUGAGGAGUCGCGGUAUGAGGACGAGCGGGAGCUGCAGGAUGUGAUGGAAGAGGAGGGGGAGGAUGCGCAGCUGGAGUGGGACAUGGAGGAGGAGGAGGGUGCACCCACCUCGCGACGUGCGGCCCAGCGCGAGGACGAUGACCUGUUUGACGACGAGGGCGACCUGGUGGCAGCAAACGAUGCGCAGUCAGAGACGCGCCACAUCCUGUCCAUCUCGCCGCACUUCACCUCGCGGCUGGCGGGCCCCAACGAGGCUGCCGCCAUGGUGCUGGGCUCUGUGGUGGACCUGGGCGCCCAGCCCAGCAGCGCAGACCUGCAGGUGCUGAGCAGCUACAUCUGCCAGGCUGACGAUGUGCCGGCCGCAGUGCUGCUGGCAGCGGCGCUGGAUCGGCUGCCUGAGCUGGGCGCAGCAGAUUGCGCGCCACAGCUACGGCAGGAACUGGCGGACCUGUGCAGCAGCCACGAUGUUGACUUGGAUGCGGCCAUCGAUGGGGUACUGAGGAAGAACGAGCCGGAGCUGGGGGACAUUGGGGCGGAGGUGGCGGAAAUGCUGCAGAUGGCGGGCCUGUAG